AUGCACCUGGAAAUGCACUUCUCUGGCACAGGCCUGGUCUAUCACUCCAUCACCAGGGUGAAGGGCUGCUGGAUGAUCCCACCUCAGUGCAUUUGUGUGGUCAUAGAGCUGGACGCAGCCCAGGACCAGACACUGCCUCAGAGCAUCACCAGCGCAGCAUGCUCUGGCUACACUGGCAUACAACCAGUGCACAUCUGGUUUAAGGUUGCCAGUCUGGCUCAUGACACUGCACGUUCACAGCAAAGAGAGAAUACACAAGCGGUCGAGCAUCAGUGGCAUGAAAGGAUUGUAUGGUUUUGGUUCCUCCUGUCUCGCCUCACAUCCACAUGGCCCCCUGUGCUCACGCUGCACCCGGACCCUGCUGGACGUCUCUUUGCGCAGACAUACACGGAAGAAGAGGUGCUGAGCAGGCUGCAGACUCCAGGGGAGGUGGCAGGUCCAAACACGCUCACAUUCACCGCCUUUGUUUACAGCCACCGCAAAAGCAUGUUUACGGUGCUAUAA